AUGGGCUCGAUGAAGUUUGAAGCCCUUGUUCUUCUCCCAUUCAUCCUUUCCUUCCUCCUGCUACAGCAGUCGCGCGCUGAGGUCACCCCGGCGGCUCCGGCGGACCCGGGCGUCAUCUGCAAUGGCACCCGUUAUCCCGACUUCUGCAAGUCCGUGCUUCCCCUUGGUCGAUGGGGCAACCUCUAUGACUACGGUCGCUUCUCCGUCGCGCGUUCACUUUCCCAGGCGCGGAAGUUUUCCAGGAUGAUCAACAAGCAACUCGCCAGACGGUCCUCUCUCUCGCAGCUAGCCGUAAGGGCGCUGGAGGACUGCGAGCUUCUCUCGGGUCUCAACAUUGACUUCCUCUCGAGCACCGCGGAGGCGCUCAACGUCAGCAACAACCUUCUCGACCCGCAGGCCGAGCGGGCGCAGACCCUGCUCAGUGCGCUGCUCACCAAUCAGCAGACCUGCCUCGACGGCCUCAAGCUGGCCUCUUCGGAGUGGAACCUCAUGAACGGCCUGUCGGUGCCGCUCUCCAACGACACUAAGCUCUUCAGCCUCUCCCUGGCGCUCUUCUCCCGCGCCUGGGUCCACGGUAAGAAUAAGAAAUCAAACGUCGGCCGUGGCUUCGUCCGCGGGGCCGAGUUUUCGAUGAGGAGGGUGCUAUUGUUCGAUGAUGCCAACAGUGGUGAGGACGGCCGUCUCCCGCUGACCAUGUCGCGCCGCAAUCGCGAGAUCUUCGAGUGGGCAACCGGUCGGCGGCUCUUGCAGGCCCCUUCCUCGAACCAGAUCCUCGUGCGCGACGUCGUCAUCGUCAGCAAAGGCAAGAACCGCAACUUCACCACCAUCGGCGACGCUGUCAAAUCGGCGCCCGACAAUACCGACGUCAAGAGCGGCUACUUUCUCAUCUACAUAGUCGCCGGCGUCUAUGAGGAGUACGUUGAUGUGCCCAAGAACAAGAAGUAUCUGAUGAUGGUCGGCGACGGGAUCAACCGGACGAUCAUCACGGGGAAGCGGAACGUCGUUGACGGCUGGACGACCUUCAACUCUGCGACUUUCGGUACGUUGACCGCAUUUUGCCGUCGGUUACCUUAGAUUUCAUGUCACAUUAAAAAACAAAAUCUGUUGUUGGUUCUUGUUUUGAUUUAUGAGCUAUAUAAAACAUCCGAAAAUCCUGGCAGCGGUGCUUGGCCAAGGGUUCGUGGCCAUAAACAUCACCUUCAGGAACACGGCGGGGGCGGCCAAGCAUCAGGCGGUGGCGGUCCGUAACGGGGCGGACCAGUCGACGUUCCACAGGUGCAGCUUUGAGGGGUACCAGGAUACCCUCUACACCCACUCCCUCCGCCAGUUCUACCGCCAGUGCGACAUCUACGGCACGGUGGACUUCAUCUUCGGCAACGCUGCCGUGGUUUUCCAGGCCUGCAACCUCUACGCCAGACUGCCGUUGACGGGCCAGAAAAACAUGGUCACCGCCCAGGGCAGGACGGACCCGAAUCAGAACACCGGGACCUCCAUUCAGGGAUGCAGGAUCCUGGCCGCCCCGGAUUUGGCGAAGAGUGGAAGCAACGCCAAGACCUACCUUGGCAGGCCGUGGAAGCUCUACUCUCGCACCAUCGUCAUGCAGUCGUUCUUGGACCAGCUGAUCAACCCGGCGGGGUGGCUGCCGUGGGACGGCGACUUCGCCCUCAGCACGCUCUUCUACGCCGAGUUUAGGAACACCGGCCCUGGAGCCGGGACGACCGGCAGGGUGAAGUGGCCGGGUUUGCGCGUCAUAAACGCCACUGACGCCCUCAACUUCACCGUCGCCAACUUCAUCGUCGGCGAUAAAUGGUUGCCGACCACCGGCGUAUCUUACUUGAGUGGGUUGACCUGA